AAUUUCUGUUACUAAUAAGAUGUGCACAGCGGUGCUCUCCUCCCAUAGGAAAUGAGUGAUAUAAUUUAGGGGAUUGCCAGGGGAAAGGCCAGUAGGCUGGGACGUGCACAUCAGCAUGCGAGGAUAGCUUGGAUAAAUUCUGAAGCGGCUCGUUUCAUGAACCAUCGGGCCCCAGCCAAUGGCCGCUACAAACCAACUUGCUACGAACAUGCUGCUAACUGCUACACACACGCACUCCUGAUUGUUCCAGCCAUCGUGGGCAGCGCCCUCCUCCAUCGGCUGUCUGAUGACUGCUGGGAAAAGAUAACGGCAUGGAUUUACGGGAUGGGCCUCUGUGCCCUCUUCAUCGUUUCCACGGUGUUUCACAUAGUGUCGUGGAAAAAGAGCCACUUAAGGACAGUGGAGCAUUGUUUCCACAUGUGUGAUCGGAUGGUCAUCUAUUUCUUCAUUGCUGCUUCCUACACUCCAUGGUUAAAUCUCCGUGAACUUGGACCCCUGGCAUCUCAUAUGCGUUGGUUUAUCUGGCUCAUGGCAGCUGGAGGAACCAUUUAUGUAUUUCUCUACCAUGAAAAGUAUAAAGUGGUUGAGCUUUUCUUCUAUCUCACAAUGGGAUUUUCUCCAGCCCUGGUGGUGACUUCAAUGACUAACACAGACGGUCUUCAAGAGCUCGCCUGCGGGGGUUUGAUUUACUGCUUGGGAGUUGUGUUCUUCAAGAGCGAUGGCAUCAUUCCGUUUGCCCAUGCCAUCUGGCACCUGUUUGUGGCCACCGCCGCUGCCGUGCACUACUAUGCCAUUUGGAAGUACCUUUACCGAAGUCCCGCGGACUUUAUUCGACAUUUAUGACCAAUCUGUGCUAGGUCUUCUGAUCAGUAUUAUCUCAGUUGAGGCGCUCGGGUCGGGGUGAGAGCUGAAUGUUGCACAGGGAAGAAGAAGAAGCAACUUGCACUGACUUGGUUUAAUUUUUUUGACUCUAAUUACUGUGAAAGUAUAAAAGCUGUGUCCUGGAGUCUUCCUCCUCCCAGCCAGCAAAUGAGGUAGUGAAUUAAUUCUUCAUUCCAUUCCACUAUCAUGAAGGACUCUGGGUAGACUUGGCCAACUGAUGUUUACAAACCAGAAUUUUGUAUUUUCGUUUUACAGAUUUUACUAGAUGAGUUUUUCUAAAUUCCUAGGCCAGGUUGUCAAAGUCAGUGCAGUCACGCGACUUCCUUUUUAAGAAAAACAAAGAGUCGUUUCUACCACUUUUCCCGGUCACUGUUAAAGAAUCAUGGAAACAUCACACUACUUUCUACCAUGUUUCAUCUUGACAUAACAUGAUUGUUUUUUUUAAAAAAAAGAGGCUGUAGUUGUUUUGUAAAUUUUUUAAAAGCUGUUUCAUUGACGUGCACCCACACGGUUCCUCCUCCAUGUCAAGUUCUGCAGCAAGCGGUCAACAUUCCACAAACAAACAUACCUCUUCUGAUGGUUUUAUUCAGAAUUUGCCAAUUUAAAAAAAAAACCCACAAAACUGCAGUUUUCCCAACCUUUCUGCCAAUCUCUGACCCCGAAUUCUGUGCUGCUGUGGGGCUGAUAAACCCGACCUGGUGUGGCCCACCAGGGAUGAAGAAGUAUUUGGAUAUCAUUGCCUUGUUCAGAGGACGUCGCUUCGGUCCAUGCCUUUGCCAGGUUUUCUCCAGGGUCUCUUUCCACAGCGGAGGAGGAUCCUGUGCGUAUUAUGAUAGUAUUGUUGGGUUGCCCGUCGGCCAGACACUUCUCAUGAGCGUUCUGAAUUAUGGUGAAUUGUUGUCACGUUGGUGGCCAACGGUUCGGUCGUUGUGGUUAAGUCACUGAACUUUCUUGUAUCAGUUGGAUAUUCAUUUGAAAUUGUGCGACUAGAUAUAUAAAUUCACAUUUCUGCCUUUUCCUCUGCAUUUCUCAAUAUACCGUUUCUUUUCAUACCAUUUAUAAAACUUGGAUUGACACAUAGAAACUCAUAUCAGUGGUCCAUGGUUUUAUGCUGACUCAGUGGAGUGGUAUUUAUAUAUUAUUUCUAGUUUUCUCUCAGUGUCUUAUAUUAAGAUUGAUGUAUCAGUUGCUUUGUUGUUCAUCUUUCUUGGGGUUUAAGAGAAAUGAAGUCACCUUGCCUUUAGAUCAGAUGUGAAUAUAACCUGUUUGCUUAGAAACAGGCUCGCUCGAUGGAGCUGUCAGGUUGAACAUCUGCUUUAUUAACUGAAAUUCUGUACCACUGUAAUUUUAAAAGAAAGUUUAUUUUGUGUGUAUGUUCAGGCUCUGAUUUGGGGAAAUUGUCAAGGCAUGACAGAAGAAUGGAUACUUGCUGGUGAUUUCUUCAGAGAGCAAAGGGCACCCAAGGAUCGUACCAGCCGGGUCACUCUCUUUGCAUGAUUCUGAACAGUGAGCUGCCUGUUGUUUGACUGUGUAUAAUAUUUUAUUUUAAAUAUAUUAACCUUUGUGGAUUCAUUUAAGGUCUCCUCAUAAGCAACACUGUCAAAACCACUAAAAUGUAUGUAAAAACGUGUGCUGUAGAUUAGAAUAAAGUUGUUACUUGGGUUGA